UCAGCCAAGCGGGACCGGUCACCCUGGCAACAAAGCGGCCCCAGCCCGCGGAAUUUCAAUUCCGCCGCCAGGAGGACCUGCCACCGAUUGGCUGCUUUCCGCACUGCCCCGCCUCCUGGGCAGCAGCAGCCAAUCAGGGCGAGCACUCUCCUGUCCUGCAGAAGCCGAUGCUGUUCGCGCAAAAGGGGAUGCAGACGAGAGACGUGGCUGCGAACGAGCGACCCUUCUGUUGCGCUCCCGUCCCGCCCGCCCGCCCGCGCGGCGCUGCACCGGCCUGGGAAGGGGAUCCGGCUGCAGGCCCCGGGAGGCGCAGAGGCUGAGGCCAGGCUCACCGGACUGCCAUUGCCAGGACAGCGCUACUUUGGAGAGAUGGCUGCUGAGGAAUCCCAACCCCUGUUGAGCUCCAGGAAGCCCAGUGAGCAAUGGUUGCUGCCUGCUGAGAGCUUCCCUGUGCUGGAUGUCUACCUGAGUAAUGGGAGAACCAACAAUUGUAUACACAUGCAGAAUUUCUGCUUGACUCAUGCCUGGCUCUUUUACAGCAAAGUCCAGAACAGAAAGCUAUAUCUGGCCACCUUUGCUGCUGUUUUGGGACCCCUCAGCUUUGGAUUUGUCCUAGGUUACAGUUCACCAGCUAUUCCAGAUCUGAAGAAAAUUAGUGACCCUAAAUUAAGAUUAGACACCAACGAAGCAUCAUGGUUUGGGUCUGUAGUAACAUUAGGAGCUGCUGCUGGAGGAAUACUGGGAGGCUGUAUGGUGGAUAAAGUUGGGAGGAAGUUGAGUUUGAUGCUGUGCUCAAUACCAUAUGUCUCUGGGUUUACAAUUAUCAUAUCCGCCCAGAAUGUCUGGAUGCUUUACAUUGGACGAAUAUUGACUGGGUUAGCCAGUGGCAUAACUUCACUUGUUGUUCCAGUGUAUAUUUCUGAAAUAUCCCACUCAAAAAUUCGAGGAACACUUGGCUCAUGUGUUCAGCUGAUGGUGGUGACUGGUAUACUGGGAGCUUACGUUGCAGGAAUGGCACUCAGAUGGCGCUGGCUGGCUGUGCUAUGUUCUUUCCCACCCUGCAUAAUGCUCGUGUUCAUGUCCUUCAUGCCUGAAACACCUAGGUUCCUGCUGAACCAGAAAAAACGCACUGAAGCUAUGGCUGCUUUACAGUUUCUACGGGGAUCAGAGGUGGACCAUGAAUGGGAAUGCAGGCAGAUUGAAACUAGUGCGGAGGAGCAGCACAGACUAAGUGUUGCUGAAUUUAAGAAUCCAUCUAUCUACAAGCCAUUUCUUAUUGGUGUGGCACUGAUGUUCUUCCAGCAAGUAACAGGGAUUAAUGCAAUUAUGUUUUAUGCAGAAACUAUCUUUGAAGAAGCUAAUUUUAAGGACAGCAGAAUGGCCUCUGUUGUUGUGGGUUCCAUACAAGUGUUUUUCACAGCUGUGGCUGCACUUAUUAUAGAUAAAACUGGGCGAAAAGUACUGCUUUCUAUUUCAGGGGUCAUUAUGGCUAUCAGCACUGCAGCAUUUGGGCUGUACUGUAAAGUGAUCCUUCCAAACCCUCAGAAUUCAUCACAACCUGACUUAUUGACUACACUAAAUUCAACAUCUGUAGGAGCAGAAAACAACCUAGCAUGGUUGGCUGUAGUGAGCUUGGGGCUGUUCAUCACUGGUUUUGCCCUUGGUUGGGGUCCCAUUCCUUGGCUGGUGAUGUCUGAAAUAUUCCCACUUAAAGCUAGAGGGAUUUCCAGCGGUGCCUGUGUCUUAACAAACUGGUUGAUGGCUUUUUUAAUAACCAAGGAAUUUCAUGAUCUUACAGGCUUCCUGACUUCCUAUGGCACUUUCUGGCUUUUCUCUGUCUUCUGUAUUCUAAAUGUAAUUUUUACUGUCCUGUAUGUGCCUGAAACAAAAGGAAGGACAUUGGAACAAAUAGAGGCUCACUUCCGAAGAUCACCUGUGACCUGAGGUUCUUUCCCUGUAGGAAAGUUUUCCUAUUAGGUUACUGUUAGUGUUAUUGCCUAAACUUUUCCAAGGAACAUCCUCUGGGUUAGUAGGCUGCACCUGAAUUCAUGAUGUGGUUAAACAUGGUUUAAAUCAACUUCUAAUCAAUUUUGUUAACUUUGGCAAAAAUCUGAAUUGCACUGUGGAGAACCAAAACAUUGUUCUCAUAUGCAUGUAUGCAUUCAGCUUCUUUCAGGUAUACAAAGCAGCAGGUGGUGCUCAUUCACUCUGAUACAUGAGUUAUUCUCUCCUUUUCCCAGGCCUUGGAGCUUCAUUUGGGCUGUCACUGUCUUUCUCUUUCCAAUGUUCCCUUUACCUACUGUAGAUCAGUUAUGAAGGCUGAAUAACUGCUUUUAAUAGAUUAGCUGGUAUGCUGUUCAUUCUGUC